AUGGAGGUGUCGGCGGCAAUGGAGCAGCGCGGUCUUGAAAGAAAGGAGCCCGACGCCGCGUUUGACCUGCCUGACGACGUCUUUCGGCAACGCUAUCGCCUGAAGAAAGAAACUGUGUGGUUGCUGUGCGACGAGUUGGCCGAGGAACUCGGAGAUGCGCGAACGACGACGCUGUCGGUGGAGCAACAAGUGCUGCGCGCCCUGCGAUUCUUCGCGACGGGGAGCUGUCAGGUCUCCUCGGUGGAAAGCGACGAUCCGACUGGCGUCACCCAGCCCACGGACAGCAAGACAAGGCGCCCAUCAAGGAAGCCUUCCGUCGGCGCGGUGCCUUUCCCGGCGUCAUCGGAUGUGGACGCCAGCCUUAUCGCCAUCAUCGCACCUAAGGGCGACCGCAAGACGUGGUUCAUGUCCCCCGAGGGAUACUACGCCCUCAACGUCAUGUUCAUCUGUGAUUCAGACAUGAGGAUUCUGGCUGUUGACCCACUGCGACCGGGGUCGGACUACGACGCCCGCGUGUGGAGGACCAACUGGUUGCGGCGUCGGUUCCAGGAAGGAUGCAUUGCCGAGGCCGGCGAGUACCUCCUCGGUGACAGCAACUACCCCUUGGAACCGUGGCUGUUAACUCCAAUUCCAGGCCAUCCUCCUGCACACAGCGCCGAGGGUAGGUACAACGCUGCACAUGCUGCCACAUGGACUGUUGUCGAACGUUGCAUCAGGCUGCUGAAGAGCCGCUUUCGCUGCCUUCAGCAGUGCCACCCCCUCCACUAUGAUCCAGAAAGUGCGGCCAACGUCGUCGCAGCAUGUACGGUGUUGCACAAUCUGUGCCUUGACGAAGGCGACAGCACGUUUGACGAUGACUGCAGCAACGGUGCCGCUGACAGUAGUAGUGUUCCCCACCCACUGGGAAUUCCACGACGGUGGUCGUCACUCGCAACCUAUCAUCGUGGACAAGCUUUCCGUGAUGGUGUUGUUGGCCUAUUUGGCACAACGCGGAUGCAGCAUCAGUUGUUUGUGAGAAGGAUACGGAGGCGGCUGCGCCGGCAGCAGUCAUAG